CGGCGAUCGCGCGGAUGGCGGCGCUGGCGGCGCUGGCCAAGAAGGUGUGGAGCGUGCGGCGGCUGCUGGUGCUGCUGCUGGUGCCGCUGGCGCUGCUGCCGGUGCUCUUCGCCCUGCCGCCCAAGGAAGGCCGAUGCCUGUACGUCAUCCUGCUCAUGGCCAUGUAUUGGUGCACGGAGGCUCUGCCCCUGUCUGUGACGGCUCUACUGCCCAUCAUCCUCUUCCCCUUCAUGGGAAUCCUGCCCUCCAGCAAGGUGUGCCCCCAAUAUUUUCUCGACACCAACUUCCUCUUCCUCAGCGGACUGAUCAUGGCCAGUGCCAUCGAGGAGUGGAAUCUUCACCGGAGGAUUGCCCUCAAGGUCCUCAUGCUGGUGGGGGUCCAGCCCACCAG